GAAUACGCGUCUCUCUCUCUCUCUCUCUCUCUCUCUCUCUCUCUCUAUUCUCGUCACGGGUCCCGAGAUAUUUAUAUCCGUGCGAAUGCGAGAGAGCGCCCAUUGUUCGUGCGCGAGGCGAACGAUGCUCUCGUAAGGUGACUUCCCUGAUCUCUCGGUUUCUCGGAUCGUCUGGCAACUUCGAGGAAACGCGUUUCGGUCAUCAUGUGGAAACCCUUCGAGGCUGGCAGUUCACCGGUGGACUGGUGCGAGGGCAACUACAGCAUCUCGCCCAGCAUCGCGGAAUUUAUGAACACGUUUAGUAAUGUAGUCUUCCUGUUGCUUCCACCCGUGCUCAUGCACUUGUUUAGAGACUAUGGACGCUUUGUAAAUCCAGGAAUUCAUGUAAUCUGGUUCUUGCUGAUGAUAGUGGGACUUAGCAGCGCAUAUUUCCAUGCUACUUUGUCCUUGAUAGGUCAGCUAUUAGACGAAUUAGCUAUCUUGUGGGUAUACAUGGCAGGCUUCUGCAUGUUUUUUCCGAGAAGAUACUUCCCAAAUAUCGUCCGCAACGAUAGAAAGCUCUUCUCUAUAUGCGCAACAUUGCCUACUUUAAUUGCAACUGGCUUGGCCUUGAUACAUCCGGCGGUAAAUGCUUUUGCGCUGAUGAGCCUAGGUGUACCAGCGUUCGUGUUUUUGGUCAUGGAAUUGAAAAGGACCACCUCGAUGAAGGUAUACAGACUGGGUUUGCGAUGUGGUGCCGUAUGGAUUCUGGCGGUAUUCUGUUGGUUGAACGAUCGUCUGUUCUGCGAUACCUGGCUGAAUCUAAACUUUCCUUAUCUUCAUGCGCUGUGGCAUCUAUUCAUCUUCAUUGCGAGCUACACCGCGGCGGUGCUUUUUGCGUAUUUUGCGGUUCAAGAUGAAAAACCGCAACAAUUACCGGUGCUCAGGUAUUGGCCCAAAGAUGAUUUCGAACUCGGCAUACCAUACGUAACUAUUCGAAGUUAUAUGAAAACGGGUUGUAACACUAAUAUAUAGCUCUCGUGAUAACUAUAAGCUCAAUUAAAACUGUAAUACAUUAUUUAUUACAAUGAUA